AUGGUAUCAACACCACGAUUCAAGAGUCGACAAGCUCCUCAGACGCCAAAAUCGCAGAAGAAGCGUCUCCCAAAGGGUCGUUACAGCGACGGCCAUUGGUGGUGCAAUUGCGAGCCUCGUCAAAAGGCUACGCUUCGUGAAGUCAAAAAGACAGGUCCGAAUGUCGGCAAGCUCUUUUGGAAAUGUGACGACUGUAACUUCUUCCUCUGGAGAGAAGAGGCCAAGAUUCGCGAGUCUGGCUUCAAGGUUUCCCGGGGAGUUGAUGAUUCUCCCAGACCUGAGCCUCCGCCAAUGACACAGCAAUCACUUGUAUCAUAUGGUUACCAAGUUACUCCUGGUCGGCACCAGAGCGACGAUAAUUCUGCCGAUAGCACGCAAUCUGGUGAAGAAUCUGAGCCCGACACUCCUAUGCCGAAAUCUGUCAGGGACAGGACCCAAGCUUCAGGCCCUUCGAAACUACCUUCUCCACCAUCGGCGGCCGUGGUAACUCCUAGUCGUGGAUCUUCCAAGAGACGACGGGAUGUUUUUGAAGAGGAUGAAGAUGAGUUUAGCGACAUUGGUUCGGAUGAAGAGCGUCAGAUGGCCAUUAUUGCGGAAAAGAGUGCCGAAAAGGCUGCGGCCCAGAGACGUUACAACACACCUAGCACUUCGCGCUCUGCCGAUGUCAUUUCUGGACUGCCGACACCCUCUGUAUCCCGAACAUUGUUUCCUGCUAGCGAGUCUAAGAGACAGAAGCAGGUCUCGUUCAACGACACCCCUACACGGUACACGGAUACUAUGUCUUCCGCAACACUUUCGGCCAAUACCACGCCGUCCAAGACUCCAUCCGGACCACAGGGGAUCCCCUCUAGUAGCCCUCCUGAGACCAGUUUUGAUGUUACAGACGAGGUUACGGAUCUUUUGCGAGGCCAGAAAAUUGAUCCCAAAGUUCUGGCUUCUGUUCAGAGCACUCUAGCCACUGCAGCACGCCGGACUAAAGGCAUUGUCUUGGGACGUGAUUCGGCGCGGGCAACACUCAAGGCGAAGGAUGAGAAGAUCACCACUUUACAAGAGCGCAUUACAGCGUUGGAGAAUCGAGAGAGAAUGCAUAGAAGCCAGAUGACGAACAUCAAGGCUGGUCUGAUGAAGAUGUAUGAUGACAACUGA